CGGGGUGCGUUGGGUGUCUGUCAGCGCAGAUCUGUCUUUCUUAUUUCCGUUAAGGGAGAUUUACGGCCCCUUCUGCGCCUGACGCCGUGGACCGGCUGGGGAGGGAGGUAGCGGUGACGACUGGCAGUGCGCACAGCAGAGAGAGGCUGACUUUCAAGGGGCAGGCAGAGUCUGCGGGCAGGAAACAGUUCUUCAACAGAGCCCAAAUGCAAAGCCUGGGAAUUGUAAAGUUGUAGUUUAUCACAAACAAAAGGGGGAGUGUCGCUGGUGGAGCGAGACGCGCCUGGAUUUCUAUUCCAGGGGCCGCUGGACCAGGCUUUAGCGCAUGUAGAGGAGGAGGGAGGAGGAGGAGGAGGGAGGUGGAGGGGGAGUGAGCGAGUACGUUUCACAGGAUCCAGGCCUAGUAGUACUGCCGCCGGGACUCUCCUCAUCCGCUUUCAAAAAAUCGGAAAUUAGCACAUUUAGACGCCAAAAUGAACGGGUUGGGGGUCAGCUUUGCGGUGGCCGACAACGGAAUGGAGGAUACGAUGCCAGCAUGAGUGGGCCUCAUCCAGGCCCUAGGAGGAGGACCCAUCAGUCCAGUUGCCCUUUGACCCCUGUUUAUGACCAGUCUACCCACUCUUGUUCCUCAAGACACCAUGACCACAAGAUCGGCCUAACCAUGUCUGCUGCUGCCUCCUCCCUUAAACAUGCUCCAGUCUAUGGAUUUUCUCAAAGGGACCACCCCUCCUCCUCCCCUCCCUCAUCCUAUAGUCCUCUCAGGAGGCUUCAACAUCUCACCACCAUGGUGAGCCAGCCUGACCUGGUCCUGCCAGUGAGGGAGCCAGAGAGAAGCUGGGAAUGGGGGACACUGAAAAAGGACAGAGAAACGAUGGAGAGGGACCUCCAUGCUGAUUGCACUAGUAGAGGUUAUUCUGGCAGCCAGAAUAUGAACCGGGAGGAGAAUGUCGGUAAUUCUUCUGCUGGACAAAAACAAGCCGAAGUCCAAACUGGAUGUAGAGAUGCACCAGAAGGCAAUAAUAGCGAACAUGUUGGCUCAGAAAAAAAGGCAGAAGGUUGUUUCUCAGGCCCACCUAGCCCAGCCUUUUCCCUCGAUAGCAACAGCCCUUUCACCAAUGGCUUCCUCCACUUUGAAUCCUCUUUAUUUGAAGAUGAUGACAAUGAAGAAGUGCGAGAAGUCAGAUCACCUAUGAAGGACUCGCAGGAUAAACAUCAGAGUACUGGCAAUGUCCUUCAGUCUGCUCCUCAAGACUUAAAUUCAAACCCUAAGGAUGCAAACAUGUUGUCGGCCAAGGUCAUUACACGGUCUCAGUCCUCGGGUCAACGCAGGAGAUACUGGGAUUGUUCGGAUGAUGAGUGGGAGAGUGAUACAGAGCUGUUCUUGUUUGGGGAUAGUCCAUCACGACAUUCAAUGAACAGCCAGAAGAAAAGGGCUUUGCCACCUGUGAAGUUUUUAGAGGGUGAAGUUGUUUGGGCAAAGUUCGGCCGAAGACCGUGGUGGCCCUGUGAGGUGAUCACCGACCCUGUACAGGGAAUGUAUCACAAAGUGAAAGAGCCCAGCGAUCGUCCAUGUCGCCUCUACUAUGUCAGGACCUUUGGGGAACCCAUGGAGUUUGUGUGGGUGGAGGAAAAAGCCACUCAUAUUUUUCAUGGAGGAGCAGAAUUUGAACAGCUCCCCCUAAGGCGUGGGAGGGGGAAGCAACGGGAGCAGAGCUGCAAACACACUAUUGCUAAACGUUUUCAGGGCCCUUGGGAAUCCAGUGUGGCAGAAGCUGAAUCUGUUCUCCGAGACAGACUAAAAACCGCUUCCUCCAUUUAUUCUUCCUUAAAUGAUACCUUCCAUAACAGUUGCACACCAGAGAGCGAGAUCAAGGCCCAACCAACAUUUCCUUCCUCCACUUCACCAGAGACAACGCACCUGACAAAUGGAUCUAUUUUAUCCCCAGCUAUUUCAACCCCAAUAAAAACUCCAACAAAACCAAGCACUUUAAAGAAACCAUCUGGCAAGAAGAAGCCAAAUAAAUCAUCAAAGGAAAAGAGUAGUAAAAACUCUAAAAAGAAUAGCCCUGACCAGUCAAAUAGGGACAAUGGGGAGUGCCCAUAUUCUGACCUGGACACAGUGCCUAAGAUUCUGUGUCCUAAAGCACUUGAGCGCCAGACUAAGCUAGUUCUGAAUCAGCCGUCUGCUGCAGUUGUAAAGGAAGUGAAGAAGCAGCCACCAGAGUUUCAGAGCGGCCUUUGGUUCAGUAAAUCAAGCAAAGAGAGGCGACCGAAAACAACCAGUCCAAUGCCGGACCGUACUCUCUUUAGUAAAGUGCCCUGUAAGAAAAAGAGCUCAUCCCUUAGUAAAAAGAUUAUGGUUCCCAAUGUCUCCACUAAUGGUGGACCCAGCGACCAACCAGAAAUGUUGGACAAACAUAAAACUGUGGUACCCGCUGAAGCAAAUCUAUCCCUUGAAGAUCCGGGACAAGUGACAUGCAAAAGCACCCUGGUAGCUAUUAGACCUUUCGGUACCCCUGUCAGUCUUGCUGACCAGUCUGAGUUGCCAGACAAGCAGAGGCCCUUGGUCUUGGUUGAGACUUCUGUGCUUCCUGACAAGUGUCAACCCUCAAAGCAUGGGCAGAUCCACAGCGAUACAACGGACACUGUUACUGGUAUGCCAUCCGAACAGUGUGGUAGCUUAGAUGUUAAAACGACGUUAGAGGCCAGUCUGGAAGAUGGUUUCAAUAACCAAUCCAUGACCAACCCAGAUAAAGUUAAAAGUCUCAUACAAACAGACGAUCCUCAUGUGAUUUCUAAUAAAAAGGUCAAUGUAGUUGACAGGUUGUCUGACCAUGCAGAAGAAGAAAAUAACAUGACUCAAUUGUCAAAUUUAAUUUCUGACACUAGUGAUGCAUUAUCAAAACUAGAAAAGCAGACAAGUUUAGUUUCUGAAAGUCAGCUUUCUUUUGUCAAACUGUCACGCAAAGACAUAAAAAGAAAGAAAGUUGUUAACUCUAGUGCAACUAUUAGUCCCAUUUCAAAACCUGGUUUUACAAAGAAUGAAAAGAAAAGAAAAGACAAAAAAUCAAAUGAAACGUCGUCUAAGCAGUCACACUGUGUGGCUGGCAAGACAGGUGUGUCGAAAGAUCAGGCAGAAUCCAUAAAGGUCUCAGUUAAAAAUUUAAAGGCAAACAGUCGGCCUGGAAUACUUCUUCUCACGUCUAAAUCUACAGAAAGUAAAACGGCUUCCACUGAUGAACUAGGUAGCCAAGAAACAGAGAAAACACCAGUCUCAAAUGUAACUUGCUCACCGUUGGAUCACUCAGACACGUCCGAAGUUAAGAAGACCCCAUCCUCUUUACAAACAAGAAUGUCUUCUGAUCUGUUAGGCAGCUCAGAGCAGAGAGAUACUUCUGCCUCUAACACAGCUUUGAAUACAACUCAGUCUUCUUCUGGACACAGACAUUCAAUUUCUAGGAAUGCCCAUGUUUCCUCUCGGAAACCUAAGAAAAUAGGCAAGUAUAAGCAAAUUUCAAAUCAAAUGUUACUUCAUCAGCCAGCCCACCUCCCUGCAAGCAGUCGGCUGAUGACCAGAGCCUUGAAGGCCAUGAAGGAGGCAGAGCAGAGGAAGCAGGAAAAAAAGAAAAAAAAGGAGUCCAAGCCAAAAGUAUUAAAUCCAUUAAGAAAAGAAGAGGAUGCUGUUUGUCACUCUGCACCUAACAAACCGGACUGCACUAAAUCAAAAUCCUUUAAACCUCAAAAUACUGGUGGUGAGAAUGAUCCGAACACCUUGUCCAACUGUAGCACCCCCUCUUUGAUGCAGUCUGAUUCAGCUGACAUUGAAAUUGUUGUCAAGAGCGAAGACGAAGACCUCUCAAUAUCCUCAACUCCACCGAUGGACUUUAUACCGCUUACGUCCAAGGUCAUGGCAAAGAAUGAUCCACUUGCUGAUAUGUGCUCCACUUCUUCUCUUUCAGCACCUUUUUCUUUUAUGAAUGCCUUUAAAAAUGUCAAAGAGGUAUCCUUCCAAUCCCUGACAAAUGAGGGCAAUGGUAAACCAAUGUCUUUCAAACCAGACACAAACUACAAAUUCAGCACCUUUCUUAUGAUUCUAAAAGACUUGCAUGACACUAGGGAACGAGAGGGGGCCCCUUUGGAGCUGGAGAUUGGGCCACCAAGUGCACAUGUAAAGGAGGAGCCUUUAGUGAUGCCUGGAGAAACUGAACCUGCAAUCCAAAAUGAACAAGAUGAACCUGUUAGUAUUUCAAAUUCAAGUAUGGACAAAAUCAUAAUCCCAAAAAAUGUAAACAGUCCAAAUAAGAUCUCAAAAAGGUCCUAUAGCAGAAGAGGGAGCUCUACUGGGGUGAAAAAGAAAGUCAACCGCAAAGUGCCUUCUCGUCCCGCCCGGUCUGGACCUGGCUUCCCAGGAAUGGAGUUUUUGCCCGAAGCUGCAUCCCUACCAAUAGUGGAUUCUUCCUCAGGAGUGGAUUGCUCAUCAGGAGUACAGUCCCUUUUGGAUAUGCAGGCUGGAAUCUGGGAAAGGCCGGCUGGUGGUGACAGCGUGGUUUGGGAAGAGGAGGAAGGCAGGUGGAGCAGACUACAUGAGGAUCUUCAAAAAGCUGUGUCCUUGGAGCAGCGGGGGUCCGACACUAGACUACACCUGGGACAGCCAAAUGGUCUUGUUAAAAACUGCACCGAGAAUAACCCAAGCUCGAUGCACAACACUGAAGGAGACAAAACUCAAACAACACAUAAACGAAUAAGAAAACCAAGCAAGAGGCUGAUUGAAUGGACUGAAGAGUACGAUCAAAUUUUCUCCACAAGGAAGAAAUCCAAAAAGCCUCUCCAGUCGAUUGGAAAGGCAGCCCAACCCAUUACCUCUCUGCCUCCCCUGGGGCCAGACCAGAACAUCCACGAACACUCAACCUUGAACCUGCUUCCCGAAGUACAGACGCCGCCGCCUGAUCACAUUGCUGUUCCCACAAUACCCUCUGAACUCAACGUUUCUAGCACUGAAAACACAUCUCCCCAAGAUGCACCAGCGCUUUCCAUAGACACACUAACUCCUCCUCCUGAAGUUGAGCUUUCGCUGUCAGAAAGCUUCAUCAGAGACAACGGAAAUGCUCCACAGCUGGAGAAGAAACGGAAGAGGAAACCCACUCAGAAGAUCCUGGAGUACUGUCUGGAGGCAGAGGCUUCAUCAGCCCCCAAGAAGAAGGUCAAAACACUGAAGAGCAAUUUAAAUCCUGCUCCUCAAGCAGCUGCUGCCAAAACAUCCGUCUUGAAUCCAGAGUUAGGGCAGCCAUCUUUAAAGUCGAGGAGUAAGCACCUCACAGCAUCCGCCUCCAAGCCGACAGCCCCGGAGGUUCUAACUUGUACCGCCACGGCCACCGCACAUCCUCACAAUGACACCGGUCCCAGCUCUCCUGUCACCACCACUCCUGUACCAGCUCCACCUGAACCUGAGCAGGUGGAGACAGAGUCAAAAGAUGUAAAUGCCCCUGAACCAGAGGACAGCAAGAGUCAUGAGCUCCAGAAGGACACAUCAGAGCUAGAGGGUGACCCAUCUAGCUUGGAUCCCAGCUUCCCCUCCGUUAAGGAUGACGUGUCGCUUUGUGAUGAUGCACUUUCACCUGCAAGGAAGAUCAUAGGGGACCGAGGAGGUCCUGCAUCUAUGAAGGAGAACAUAUGUCAGGUGUGUGAGAAGACAGGGGAGCUGCUGCUCUGUGAGGGUCAGUGCUGUGGAGCCUUUCAUCUUCCCUGCAUCUCUCUGGCUGAGGCUCCAAAAGGAAAGUUUGUCUGUCCCGAGUGUAAAUCAGGCAUCCAUACCUGCUUCGUAUGUAAAAAACGCAGUGAGGAUGUGCGACGCUGCAUGAUCCCUGUGUGUGGUAAGUUUUACCAUGGGGAGUGCAUCACCAACUAUGCCCCUACUGCACCUGUGAACCGAAGCUUCCGCUGCUCCAUCCACGUCUGUCUCACCUGCUUCAUCGCCAACCCCAACAGCUCAUCCAUCUCUAAAGGUCGCCUGGUGCGGUGUGUGCGCUGCCCUGUAGCCUAUCAUGCUACAGACCUGUGCAUGGCAGCAGGCAGCGUUAUCCUCUCCAACAACAGCAUUAUCUGUCCCAAUCACUUCACCCCUCGACGUGGCGUCAAGAACCACGAACACGUCAAUGUCAGCUGGUGCUUUGUCUGCACAGAAGGGGGAAGUCUGCUGUGCUGUGAGUCCUGUCCUGCUGCCUUUCACCGAGAGUGUCUGAACAUUGAGAUGCCUAAAGGCAGCUGGUACUGCAACGACUGCAAGGCUGGGAAGAAACCUCGCUACAAGGACAUCCUCUGGGUGAAGGUUGGGCGCUACAGGUGGUGGCCAGCAGAGGUCAGCCAUCCCAAAACAAUCCCAGAGAACAUUCAGCGGAUGAGGCACGAUGUUGGGGAGUUCCCUGUUCACUUCUUUGGCUCCAACGACUACCUGUGGACCUACCAGGCCAGAGUUUUCCCUUAUAUGGAUGUGGAUGCCAACAGCAAAGAGAAGAUGGGAAAAGGCGUCGAUGCCAUCUACAAAAAAGCAUUGGAGGAGGCAGCCGUGCGGUUUCGUGAGCUGCAAGCAGAGAAGGAGCUUCGACAACUUCAGGAGGACAGGAAGAAUGACAGGAAGCCUCCUCCAUACAAACAUAUCAAGAUGAAUAGACCAAUUGGAAAGGUUCAGAUCUUUACAGCUGACCUAUCAGAGAUCCCACGCUGUAACUGUAAGGCGACAGAUGAGAGCCCGUGUGGGAUGGACUCAGAGUGCAUCAAUCGCAUGCUGCUUUACGAAUGUCAUCCACAGGUUUGCCCGGCGGGUGAACGGUGCCUCAACCAGGCAUUCACCAAGCGUCAGUACAGCCAGGUGGAAAUAUUCAGGACCCUGUCCCGAGGCUGGGGCCUUAGAUGUGUCCAUGACAUCAAGAAGGGUCAUUUUGUGAGUGAGUAUGUUGGGGAGGUGAUCGAUGAGGAGGACUGCAGGUCAAGGAUCAGACACGCACAGGAACAUGACAUCUGUAACUUCUACAUGCUAACUCUGGACAAGGACCGGAUCAUUGAUGCUGGACCAAAGGGGAACGAGGCUCGCUUUAUGAACCACAGCUGUCAGCCAAACUGUGAGACCCAGAAGUGGACUGUGAGCGGGGACACCCGAGUGGGACUGUUUGCGCUCAUCGACAUUCCUGCAGGCACGGAGCUCACCUUCAACUACAACCUAGAGUGUUUAGGAAAUGGAAAAACAGUCUGUAAGUGUGGAGCAUCAAACUGCAGUGGCUUCCUGGGCGUCAGGCCAAAGAACAACCCUCCAUCCGAAGACAAAGGUCGGAAGUCGAAGAGAAGAGGCCACGGCAAGCGGAAGAAAAAGGUGGUUGUCACCAAAGAAAGAGAGGACGAGUGUUUCAGCUGUGGCGAUGGAGGACAGAUGGUUUCUUGUAAAAGACCUGGAUGUCCUAAGGUUUACCAUGCUGAUUGUCUGAACCUUACCAAGAGGCCUGCAGGUCGUUGGGAAUGUCCAUGGCACCAAUGUGACAUAUGUGGUAAGGAAGCAGCGUCUUUCUGCGAGAUGUGUCCCAGUUCCUACUGUUGCCAGCACCGCGACGGCCUGCUCUUCAUCUCCAAGCUGGACGGGAAGCUGUCCUGCAGUGAACACGACCCCUGUGGGCCUGAACCACUGGAGCCAGGUGAAAUCCGGGAGUACACACCCGAACCCAGCUCCAUGACGUCAGGACUGGGCAUGGCAAUCAUCCCGCCUUCUGCUUCUAACACUACCACCAGUUUAAACCCAGCCACCAGGACGGGGCAGGAUAUCAGCGCUGGCGCUGGCAUGUGUGCUUCUGAGUCAUUUCCUGCCUUUUCCAUCCCGGUACCUAUCACCAUUCCUGCUGCAUCGCCUCCUCGCACCAGCUCUGAUCCUCCCAGCAGCCCACAUAUGUUCGACCUUCCACACUACUCACCCAUCUCCUCAUAUGAGGAGGAAAGGGAUAUCUUAGAUGAUGAUGAGGAGGAGGAGGAGGAAGAGGAGCUGUUGGCAGAAGAGGAGGAGGAUUUAGUAGAAGAAGGUGAGGUGGAUAGGCACAAAUCAGAUCGUCACAAAGAGGAUGGAGAAGCAUCAACAGAUGAGACAGGGCUGGAAUACUUGGAGAUCAAAGAAGAGGAGGAAGAUGAAACUGAGGAGGAGGACGACGAGUGACAUACAGUGCAUUAUUAUUUACAGUGACACUGGAUAUGGAGGCAGAACAAAUCAUGUAAAAACUAAACAAUAAUCACACUACACAGGUGAUUCAGCUUGUCCAGUGAGCGAAUGGAUGUGUGGAAGAAUUUGCAGGACAAAACUAAAUCAGUAUAGAAGUUUAUAAAUUAAAAAAUAAACAGCAUAAAUACUGUAUGGACUAACAUGUACAUAAACAGACAUUACACUAUUUAUUAUUGAUUUACAUUUGUACUAUUGAUCAUUCCAUAUUAACGGACCUCGGCAGCGCCUGCUUUAGAGACGGUCACUUUACCCACACUGGUCGGACUUUCAUAACAAAUGUGACAAAACUGUCUAGGACUGCAACAUAAAGCUCGUUAUUUACACACCAGUUUCAUUCAUGUUUGACAUUUUGGCCAUUUUUGCCUGCUACUUUGUUUUGGUAUUUUUUGGUAGUAGUUCAGUGUCAUAUAUGGUGCACCAGCAAGUUGGAGACCUUUUAUUGUGUUUCUACACUGACGCUUCCUGUUAGAGUGGGGCUACACUCCUCCGUGAGACACAUUACCCCACUUAAACCUCUCCAGGGUUUGGUUGUCCUUUCAGACAUGAAAGAUUCAAUGUGACACAACUGAAAUCAGCUUUAUCCAGUCCUGAUUGCCUGACGCACAGGAGUUGUUCCAUCCACUUACUCCAGUCUUGCCUCCAUCUCCAGUUCUUCACGCCUCCGAUCAUUAGAUGGUGCGUCGACAUCUGAAUUCUUCAGGAUCAGACCAUCUAUGAAAAUGUGAAUGCGCCAGAUGAUUGGCUACCUGGCGUAACCCAUCACUACAACUUUGUGGUUAUCAUACAGAUGUUUAAAUGGAUGCAGUCAAACACAAACUAACUGUUUUGCAAACUGAUAUAUUUAGUGUUGGGCUCAGAAUAAUCAUGUCAGGGUGGGAAAGACAGAAAGGAAGUAUUGGCCAUCAGUGGAAAAACUGUCUAAGCGCCUGAAGCUGGUGCAGUAAAAAGAGCAACACUAAACACUCAGUGUUUCCCCUGUGGCUGCUAUGAGUCUGGAUGCAGAGCGACUACAAUGUUUUCUCUAGUGUUUAUGCUGUUUAUAUUCUUCUCUGUUACGCACAAACGAUGACGGUGGUGGAGAGUUGGGGUCAUCGCAUUCCCUCUCCUCUAUCUAUUGAGGGGGAACGAGUCUUCAACUGAACAAUGAAAAUGAAGGACCCCUGCCAUGAUGCUUGCACUUCAGUAUGUGUUUUUUGCCAUGUGUGUUUCGCUGUCUUCACGCCUAUAUUAUUGUCUGUGUGUUAUCUGCCAAGGCCUUAGUGUAUUUCAUUGGAGAUAUUUUUAAGGAAUGGUUUGGUGCCCGUGAGAGAGAACAUUUCCCUAGUGAUGCCUUUUUACAGUUGCCCAAUAAGACGUGUUUCAUUCCAGUUUAAUUAUGACCUGUUAGAUAUCAGCCAUUGACCUGUUCAAACAACUGCUAUAUAAAUAUAUAAGAAUAAGUCAAAAUAA